UAGUGUUGCCAUUAUACAAAAUUAUUAGGUUAGCUGUCAAAACUGUUGUUUAUGUAAUUUCAAAAUAUAAAAAUUCCAAAUUACUAUUUUGUUAUUCUUGAGAGACCUAGUUCCUGCUUAGAAUUAGUGCAACAUUGUCGCGAUGGGAACAGUACACGCCAAGGCCGCGGGCGGCGACAGCGUGGGCGAGGUGGGCGGGGGACUGUUUGAGUUCGAGGAGCCACUCGAGAUGGACGACGAGCCCAUCUCCAAGCCCACCAUCAAACUCAACGGAGUGCGGGUGUUGGAGUCGGACGUGGUGUACACUCGCGCGCGCGUGGACCGCGUGCACGUGGACGGGCUGAACCGCACGAAGGACGACAUCAUCCGCAGCACCGUCGACGACCUCUUCCACGCCACCGACUUCGAGGACGUCAUCCUGCGCGCGCACAAGGUCCGGCGCGCGCUGGACGCGAUGGGCUGCUUCCGCGACAUCGGCGUGUUCAUCGACGUGUCCUCCGGGCCCGGCGCCACGCCCGAGGGACUCGAGGUAACAUAUUAUAUAGUGUACUGUGUAGUAGUGUACAUUGUACUUGGGGGGACAUGUACACAAUGUGUUCAUCGACGUGUCCUCCGGGCCCGGCGCCACGCCCGAGGGACUCGAGGUGACGUUCCAGGUGCGCGAGCUGUCCCGCGUGGUGGGCGGCAUCAACACCACCGUCAGCGAGAACGAGGGGAACCUGGUCCUGGGCGUGAAGAUGCCGAACGUGCUGGGCCGCGGCGAGCGCGUGGCGGCGGAGUACAGCAUGGGCUACCGCUCGUCGUCCAACUUCAGCGUGGCGGCCACCAAGCCCUUCCCGCACAAACCUCUGGUACCAGUGCUCACUGCCACCGUGUACCAGCAGAACCACGAGUACCCGUGGUCCGGGUACCGCCUGCUGGACCGCGGCGCGCUGCUCGACCUCGCCUUCAAGACCUCGCCCGCCACGCACCACAACGUGCAGUGGGAGGGCCUGGUCCGCGACACCUCCGUCCUCAGCAAGACUACCUCCUUCAAGGUCCGGGAGAGCAGCGGUCCGCAGAUGAAGUCGAUCCUGCGGCACAUCGUGUGCGUGGACCAGCGCGACGAGGCGAUGUUCCCGACGCGCGGCUGCUGGGUGCAGUUCAGCAGCGAGCUGGCGGGGCUGGGCGGCGGCGUGGCGCACCUGCGCACCGAGCUGCACGCGCAGGCCAACCGCAGCCUGCCGCGCGACCUGGUCCUGCAGGCCGCGGGGGCCGUGGGCGUGCUGCACGACGUGUUCGGCACGGAGCUGGCCGACCACUUCUUCCUGGGCGGGCCCACCUCGCUGCGCGGCUUCCGGCAGCGCGGCGUGGGCCCGCACGCCGAGGGCCAGGCCACGGGCGGCCGCGUCUACUGGGCCGCCGGACUACAUCUGUACGCGCCGCUGCCCUUCCAGGGCUCCCGCACGGGGCUGGCGUCGUUGUUCCGCUCGCACCUGUUCGCCAACGCCGGCUGCCUCGCCAUGCCAGAGGGCUCCGGGCUAGAGUCCCUGGAGUCGCUGAGGCUGGCGCGCGUGUCGGUGGGCGCGGGCGUGGUGGUGCGGCUGGGCCGCGGCGCGCGCCUCGAGCUCAACUACGCCGUGCCGCUGCGCGCGCAGCCCCACGACGUGCACGCGCCCGGCAUACAGUUCGGAGUCGGCGCCAACUUCCUCUAGGACACAACACGAGGUCCCAGGUGCCCGGCUCCGCGACGUGCGCAGGUCGAGCGCGCGACGUAACGAAGUAAUGUGUAAAUAGUAGCAACAUCAAGUAUCGUAUUAUUUAAUUGUUCAAAUAAAUAUCUUGUUAUACUGUA